AUGGAAAACCUCAAGGAGUUCGACGUAGCAGCGGCGCGCGCCAUCAUCGACGCCUUUAUGAUCAAACACGGACAAACAGAUCACCUGCCGCCUAACAGCCUGUACGUCACAGACGACUUCGAGGAACUCAGUCUUCGAGUCAAGCCUGAUGAAUCAGCGACCUACACUACCUUUAGACUCCACUCCCAUGACGAAGACGCCGACGUGGAAGAAGAGCUCACGCUCUACACGGUCGGAGUACUCACUCAAAAGCUGCUACCUCCCUUCAAGCCUAAGAGGAAAUAUGCCCCUUUCCGCGACUCCGUCUUCAAGGGGUUCCGCCAAUCCGUCUCUCUGCACGGCGCCGGAGCGAACACUAUGGUGAAGGCGGUACAGGCUGCCAAGUAUGGCUGCGUCAUCCUCGACCGCCACGUCGCGAAAUCCACGGUCUUUCCCUCCGAGCGUGUCUGCGUCGACAAUUUCCUUGUCGCCAACCCCUACUUCGAAACCGGCGAUGACGCUAAAGGCAAGGAGAAGAUCUCGUUCCCGAAGCACGUCGAUCCAUUUGACGAUCUUAAUCGCAUGCAAGCGGAUGGUUGUCUCCACACCGAGGACAACGUUGUCCAGUACUUAGAAGGGUUUGAGUCCGACGAAGGCGUUUUUAAACAGACGGCCAUUACACCGGCGCGCUUCCGCCCAGGCGACAUCGUGCGCGUUGGCUUCGCUAUCUGCGUGAAGCAGGACAAUGCCCACAACAGCACCUCGUCUGAGCUCGUGCUCGUACUCAGGUCCAUCACUCUCAUCGACGAUACAAUCUCCACUACUAUCGCUAUGAGGCAGCUUGACGAGCCGACCUUUGCCGCCAAAAAGCGUACUACGGUGUCCCGACGCGCUCUCGCUAAUGGGAUCGUUCCGUGCUCUGGGAGUCGCGGUUACUGA